CUAAACGGACUAAACGUCAUUUUAAAUUCAAUUUCGCGUUUUCCAAUUUGCCCUGCCACCAAUUUUUCUGUUGAUGUGUAACUUUAUCACCUAUGUUGGUCUUUUUUUUGAAACUCAUGGCUUCGUACAGCUUCGUCUUAUUAUAUAUAAAGUCUUUCCUGUGGUAGAGUAGUCGUAAGAAACAUCGCGAUCGUGAUUGGGGUCCUGUAUUUUUACUACCUGCUGAGAAAUGAAAAAGAUUAUUUUAUGUUUUCACCAAAAAGGAGAAUACAAGUGAUUUAAGCUAUUGCUAGAUCAUAGAAAAGGCUUAUAGAAAUAGUUCCAUGUUAGCGUAGUUGUUAGGUAAAUAAGUAAAAGUAAAAUGUCUGGAAAGAAGUGUAAGCACUGCGGGUCCUCGGACAUCGAGGUGGACCCGGCCCGCGGUGAUGCAGUAUGUACGAAUUGCGGUUCUGUGUUAGAAGACAAUAUCAUUGUAGCAGAAAUAGAAUUUCAAGAGAAUGCCCAUGGUGGAGCUUCUACAAUUGGACAAUUUGUGUCUGCUGAGUCUAAAGGUGGAGCUACAGGUUUUGGAAGAGCGUUCAAUGUUGGUAUUGGCCAGGAGUCCAGAGAGGUGACACUGAGGAAGGCCCGAGAAGGCAUCACAGCUCUGUGCCAGCAACUGCGCCUCAACCAGCAGUGUAUAGACAUUGCCUGCAACUUCUACAAGAUGGCGCUGUCCCGACACUUGACUAUUGGGCGGCCCUCCAGUCAUACUCAAGCAGCCUGUGUGUAUAUGACAUGCAGAACUGAAGGCACAGCCCACCUGUUAAUUGAUGUCAGUGAUGCAGUGCCAAUCUGCUGCUACCAAGUUGGCAGAACAUAUUUCAAGCUAUCCAGAGCCUUGUGCAUCAACAUCCCACCUACUGAUCCAUGUCUUUACAUCCUGCGGUUCUCAUCACAGCUGCAGUUCGCGGAAAAGUCUCACGAGGUCAGUAUGACUGCCCUGCGACUUGUCCAGCGGAUGAAGAGGGACUCCAUACACUCUGGAAGAAGACCCUCCGGUAUUUGUGGAGCUGCGCUGCUCAUAGCAGCUCGGCUCCACGAAUUCAACCGAACGCCCGCCGACGUAGUCCGAAUAGUCAAAGUUCACGAGUCUACACUACGCAAGAGACUCCUAGAGUUUGGAGACACGCCUUCCAGUGCCCUCACUCUUGAGGAGUUCAUGACAGUAGACUUGGAAGAGGAGCAGGACCCACCAGCCUUCAGAGCCGCCAGGAAGAGGGAUAAGGAGCGGUUACAAAAGUUAAUGGAAGAAGAGGAUGGAGAAAAAGAACUGACAGACUUGCAGAAGGAGAUAGAACACCAACUGGAAAACGAUAGCAAUAGAAGAAGAAAGGUAGCUGCUGUCAUUGGGGCAUCUACUACUGUGUUAGGAAUUGAUGAAAAUUCACAAGAAGACGCAGAAGCCUCUAGAUUUGCCGCAGAAGAUGCAUUGGACCGUAUCGGAGAAAUAGCGAAAGACGUCCAGUAUAAGGAGCCUAUAGAUGGACCCAGCUAUAGUGAAAAACCGAGACAUGAAAAAGGACUGGGGCCAGAUUUAGCAGUGAUAGGUCUAGGCGGGCCCAGCUCAGAAGACAAAUCAGACAAGUUUGUCCGCCCAGAACCGAAGCAGAAAGACCUACAUAACGCCCACGAGUUGGUGCUCGAUCAGAAAGCUGAAGAGUAUAUCAAUUCGCUUAUAAUGAGUGAGGAAGAGGUUAAGCAUAAGGCCAUGCUGUGGCAUAAGAUUAAUGCUGGCUAUUUGAAGGAGCAGAAGAUAAAAGAAGAGCUUCGCGCCAAAGAACGAGAGGAAAAUAAGGACAAAAAGAAGAAACUUCGCGGUUCUUACAAGAAACGGACUCCAUGCAACGCAGCAACUGCUGGGGAGGCUAUCGAGAAGAUGAUUGCUGAAAAGAAGAUAAGCUCUAAGAUUAACUAUGAUAUUCUGAAGAGUUUGGACAAUCCAGGGGGGACUGUGCCGCCUGCAACGCCUAAGCAGACUGUUGUUGUUGAAUCCAAGCAAGCGACGCCAUCACCUGCAGUCCCCGCGUCUCCCGUCCCGCGCAAGCGCAAGAAGAAGACCCCCGCCGCCGCGUCCCCCGCGCCCGCGCCCCGCACCCCCGCCACCCCGGCGCCGCCUACACCGCAGCCCGCUGCUGACAUAGCAGAUGAUUACGAAGACGAGAUAGAACCGGACCCAGUGGACGCGGGCGACGAGCUCUCCCUAGCCGCCAUGCUGCAGAACGGACAAGACGACGAUUAUUACGACUACGAAGAAUAUUGAUAUACAUAACACAAAACCCGUUGUCUAUGACGGGAACAGAUUUACUUAUGACCACUCCCAGUAUUAUAUAUAUCUGGAGAUUUGCUUACUAGAAAUAUAACAUGAGCUCCAUAGAGGUAAUGUCAAAUUCGAAUCUUUUUUUUAACAAAGGCAAAAAUCAUCAAAUGACUCCUCUCGCUGUGGGUUAGCAGCGAUGAGGGAGACACUUUUACUUACUAAAAAUCCAUAGUGUUCUUUCGUAGGCCUUUUAUGUACCAGGGCGCGGUAACAUAAGGAGCUUAAGAAGAAACAAAAUGUGUUUAAGCAAAACAACAGAUGGAUAGAAUAUUGGGAUUGGUAGAUAUUUUAUUUCGAAUGUAGACCUUUCUGGGAAGUCUAAAGUUAUGAGCCAUUAAUAUUGUCUGUGGAUGCGGCAGUAAUAGAGCCUCCUUGCUGCCGACAUAUUCCGUAGAAAAACAAGUUGUUAAAAAUCCUAUGUAAUACUAUAAUAUUACAAUUUGUCAUAUAUCUUUACAUAGCCAGAAAUCAGGAAAUAAGUACAACAUACUCUUUUUUCUAUAUAAGUUUUUUAAGCAUAACACAUAGUAUCAUUUUUAGUAGGAUCUCUUUGGUUUAGAUGGGAUUUUUAACACUAAUGUAAUAUAUGAAGAAUGAACUUAAAACUAAAACAUAGUUUAAAAAACUAAAAAACACGGUUGUCAUGUAUUGUCAUGAGAACUCAGAGCGUGUGCAAAAGUUCAUCUUAAUCUAAGACCUGGAAGUGUGUCAAAUUAAGAUUCCAAGAUUUUCUUACAUACAUAGUUACAAGUGAAGCUAAUAUUACAUGAAACUGCCUAUCUGGCCUCCUCAAUUUAGAAAGGCUGAAACUGAAGCCACUGCCGAACAUUCGGUUUUGGUUGGAAACCCAAUUUCGGUCGGACUAUAGUAAAUAUCUUAUUAAAAAUAUAAAUAAUUGCUUAAAAAACAGUUCAAUAAGAUAUAAGUGAGGCGCCUCAGGAUUUGUUAUUGUAUAGAAAAUCAGUUCAGACUCGGAGAAAUAGCCAAAUUCGUUAGUUUCCGAUUUUUAUAGUACAUAGUCUGUAGCAGGUAAUUUAUUAUACAAUUUCAUAGUAUACAGCAGUUUAUAGUUUAGCAUACCUUUUUUAUAAAUUAAAGUAAAAAAUUUGAUAAUGUUUGAAAUAAAAUAGCAUACACAAUACGUACAAAAAUGUAAUUAACAGCAAUAAAACACCAAAACAUAGCCUUAUUAAACAUAUAUAAAAGCUUAGAAUUUUUACCUCGCAAAAAUAUGACGCAGACUUGAGAUACUUCAACAACUAUACACAGUAAAGUUAGAGUAUUUAUUAUAUAAACUUAGAAUAGGCAUUUUAGAUCUAGAGGAUAGAAUGUUUCGCUAGAGCAGAUUAUAUGAAUGUAUGACUAUAUCAAUGUCUAAUACUUAGCGCCUGUGUUUCCUAGCUGCGAAUUACAACAAGCGAUCCAUCGAUUAUAUAUUGAAAUCCAUACUAAUAUUAUAAAACUAAGGAGUUUGUUUGCUUAAACUCAAGCCUUGAAAGCGCUAAUCUCGAACUACUGGUCCGGUAAGAAAAUACUUUCAGUGUUAAAUUUUACUAGCCUCUUUAUCGAUGAAGGCUAUUUUUUAUCCGGGUUCAUGGAGAAAGUUUCACGGAAAGCGGGUGAAACCGCUGACAAAAACUAGUUUAACAUAAGUAAUUUGCUUAUGUAAAUAAAUUCAAUCUCCAAUCGCAGAUGGAUCAAUUAUUGUAAUCGACAGUAGAACGACAUCGUGACGGAGCAGUCGUGAAUCAUAUGUACACGCUACAUAGCACGGAUUUGCUGUCAAAUUGUAAGCCCAACGCAUACUAAUUCAAUUUCGUGCAAAGGGGAUCUAACCAGUUUGCAGAGAGCUAAAAACGUUUUAUGCAGAACUGUGCAAAUACUGAAUUAAAAAAUUCAAUUUUUAUAUACAUCACUGUUGCUACGUCUUGAAAAACCGUUACUUUUUAAUAGUUUUUGAAAAUUGUUAUACUGACCACAUGAGCCAACCCAGGUAUCAAAAUUACAUAAAUUAUGUAAAUUCUUCUGAGAACAUAGCUAAAGAAGGUAUUAUAGCUUUGUCAUUUGCCUACUUAUAAUUUUGGGUAUCGAUAGGUCAGGUUUUUUGGGUCCCGUACGCAACGAGCGAAACAGCACCCUAUUAAUAAGAAUUUGCUGUCCGUCUGUGACCAGGGGCCCGAUUCUCCUAAGUUAAUAAUGUCAAAAUCGAAUAGAAAUCGAAUCGCAAUAUGAUCGCAAUAGCAGUUUUAACCAUAUCGGGCAUUCUGCUACUGAUAAAAGACCAAUCGUAU